AUGAAAGUGAAGCCAGCUACAACAGAUGUUAUAAACAAAGCAAUUAAAAAAGGAGAAUUUAUAAAGUAUAAUGGGAACAUUUUAUCAAUACCGGCCAACGCCGGCAAUCCUGAUGUCUUCAGUAGUGGGCAAGAGCAGUUUGGCGAAUUCGAAUUGUUUUAUUGCGAUGAAUGUUGGUUACACAGCAACCCGCUAUCCUACUCUCAACUUUGUGACCGAGUACAGAACUGCGUGUUCGGAGGGGAUGAGAGUAUAUGCUCGUUCAGAAACUGUGAUCCUAGUAAAGAGUUCCAGUGUCUUUCUGGGCAGUGCGUGCCGAAGGAAGCUCACUGCGAUCUUUACAAUGACUGUUUGGACAAAAGUGACGAACUCCGGUGCACAGAAUGCAAGCACACGCGCUGCUGUGACGGCAGCUGUAUUCCUAAACACUGGCCCGCUGAAAUAGACUGUGACUCCUGCUCUAAACAUACUCACAACGCGUAUGUAAUCACGACAAAUAUCACUGUGGAGUUGUGUCCAUUUGUUUGUAACAGGACAUCGUGUAUAGACCCGUCUCAGAUCGGUGAUGGUGUUGUAGACUGUACAGGACCUGAAGGACCGUUAGAUGAACAGCUUGGGAAACUGGAGACAGUAGAAUCGUGUCAUAACGGGAAUGGGGAGGAAGGGUGGUCACCUCGCUGUGUUUACAUCAAAGAUAGGUACAGUGGAAUCCUGGGAUGCAAGGAUAUGUCCCACUUGUGGGACUGUGAUAACUUCGUAUGUCCCGCUGGUUACGUCAAGUGUCCUAAGUCUUAUUGCAUUCCGUUACACCUGGUACAAGAUGGACAGCGCGACUGUCCAUUUGGAGAGGACGAGGAGUAUACUCAGGACUACAACUGCUGGGGAAAUUUCGCGUGUGCCAACAGCCUAAUGUGUCUACACCCUGACCUAGUUUGUGACGGAUCUCCACAAUGUCCUUGGGGUGACGAUGAACUCAACUGUCACACGUCGUGUGCAAGUGGAUUUCGGUGUAUGGCGGGAACGGUCAGAGCCACAAACUAUGACAAGAGGAUUCCACUUGCAAGUUUAAAGUUCGUCGAUGGACGCUCGCGACUUCUGGAUCUUUCUGGUUUAAACAUCUCAAAAGCAGUGACAGGUCCCGGUAUCACUCAUCUGGACAAUCUGCUGAUUGUCAAGUUCUCUGACUGUAAACUGACAAAAGCAGACGAUAUAUUUUCUGGUCGUGUUUCUACUCUACAAUCUAUUUAUCAUUUUGAUCUCAGCUACAAUCUUCUAAAGAAAAUAUCUAAAAAUAGUUCUUUCCGUUACAUGUCAAAUUUGCGGAUUCUAGAUCUGUCACAUAAUGAACGACUAACAACUUUGGAAGAGAAAGCCUUCCUGGUAUACAGUGGGAAAUCUCUUUUGGAAAGACUGAACCUGCAGUUCACAGCGAUAGCCACUUUGCACAGUUCUGUUCUUCAAGGUUUAAAUAAUCUAAAGAUGCUUAAUCUGAGUUACACAUCAAUCACAUCUUUGAAUGAAGAUUCGUUCCCCAAGAAUUUCAGACUCCAGGUGCUGGAUUUACGUGAGACAGACAUUAUUGUCUACGGAACAAACACUUUCAACGGUUUAAGGGUAGAUAAUCAUUUGUACAGCGAAAGCUUCGGGUUAUGCUGUCCCGAGAUCAGGGGAGAGAACAUCUCACAGGAUGUUUGUCAUUCUCCACAAGACACUAUCUCCUCAUGUAAUCAUCUGGUUCGUGAGCAAGUCCAGCGGGUGUUGCUGUGGUUUGUCGGUAUCGUGGCUAUACUGGGAAAUAUCACCGUCAUCCUUUGUAGGCUUUUGUGGCAGAGCGGUGUCAUUAAAAAGUCGUACGGUGUCUUUGUGACCAAUUUGGGAAUCUCGGAUUUAAUCAUGGGCCUCUAUUUGUUGAUAAUUGCAUCGGCAGACUUAUAUUAUACGACCAAGUAUGUGCUGAGCACCAAUGUUUGGAGGCAGAGCUUAACAUGUCAGGUUGCAGGAUUUCUGUCAACGCUUUCUAGUCAGACCUCAGCCUUCUUCACCAUGCUAGUCACCAUUGAUAGAUAUCUGGUGAUGAAGUUUCCCUUUGGCCAGUAUCACUUCUCGAAACGAGGCGUCCUGGUAGCAACUUGCACAGCCUGGGUCGUUGGUUUCACUUUGGCAGUGACUCCUCUUUUGCCAGUGAUCCGCACUUGGAAGGUCUACACAUCCAAUGGUAUGUGCCUGGGUUUGCCUCUAAAUUCUGAACAGACAAAAGGAUGGCGAUACUCCGUCUCCGUCUACAUUGUCCUGAAUAGUAUCAUUUUUGUGCUGAUGGCUACUGGCCAAUUUUUAAUUUACCGAGCCAUGUCGGGGAAUCGCGCCGCCACAACUGCAGUUCAAAAUAGCAAAAGGCGGGUACAGGACAUUACUGUUGCCAAGCAACUGUCCUUGAUCGUGCUGUCCGAUUUCCUUUGCUGGUUCCCAAUUGGCCUGAUGGGCAUGUUAGCUAUUACAGGACACGAGCUGAGUAAAAACGUGUACUCAUGGGCGGCAAUCCUUGUUCUUCCUGUGAAUUCAGCGCUCAAUCCUCUGUUGUACACGGUACCCAUUCUCCAAGACAAGUGGAGACAAUUCAUUGCCGCUCAGUCGAAGCAGUUAUGUCAGGAAGAUACAAAUAACAAGGGUGACGCAUCGCAGACAACCGCAAAAUAA